AUGUCGUCAAUAAAUUAUAAUAAUCAAAUGCCCUUACAAGAUCCAAAUGCACCACCACGCAUGCGAAGAUAUAUCCGUCGUCGUGGUGGUGUUUUAGGGGCCAAUCAAUACAACAACAAUAAUGGGGCUAAUCAAUAUAACAAUAGGGCCAAUCCACAAUCAAAUUAUUAUGGAGGUAAUCCAUCAAACUAUGGGAGAAAUCAAUACUAUUCGAAUAGAGACAAUCAAUAUUAUUCAAAUAGAAGUAAUCAAUACAAUAAUUAUCGAAGAAAUCAAUAUAAUCGUCCAAAUUAUUAUCCUCAAAAUGUUUAUUACAAUCGUAAUUAUCGACCACCACAACAAAGCAAUCGUUUUGAUAGUCGGCCAGUUCGAUCAAGAAGAAGUGGUUCAAAUCAACGACGUCGAAGUCGCUCAAAUAGACCAAACAGUCGGGAUAAUCGUCCAAUAAAUCAACGUAGACGUGGUCCACGGCAAAUGCGAUUGAAUGAUUUCAUGCCACCUGAAAUACGUGAACCUUCACCUAAUCUUCCACCUGACUUCAACUUAGAAACAACAACAACAACAACAACAACAACAACUGCUCCACCAGAUGCAUUACCACAACGUGAACGUUUUGCAACAAUAAGAAAUACAACACAACCUUUUGUCGUCAAUCAAGAUAACCAACAGCCACAGCAACAACCACGACAACAACAAAAUCCACGACAACGUAGAACAACGUCUUCUUAUCGACGUCGACAAGGUCGUAACAAUCGAUUUACUGUAUUAGCUGAUGAAAAUGAAGAUGAAGAAAAUAAUAUUGAAAUGGACAUUAAAGAUGAACCAAUACCAUUUAAAGCAUAUAAUAAGAAGAAAAAGACUCGUCUAUAUCUUGAAUCAAAUCGAAUAUUAAAAUGGUUAGAAAAUUAUUCGAAAAGUUCAAAAAAUGCUGUAAGUGGUCGUGGUAAUCAAGCAUAUGUACUAGCUGCUACUGCAAUUUACGAUGAUUGGAUUCGAAAUAAUUAUGAAUUACAAGUCUGGCAAGCCUAUUUAAAAAUGGGCAAAGAACAUAAACAUUGGGCUAAAGAAGUUGUUCAACGUACAAAAAGACGUGACGACGUACUGAAUACACGAUUUGUUCAAAAGAAAAUUAAUCAAUUUACUGGCAAUAUUUCUGAAGCAAGUGCUGCAAUUUCAGAUUUACAAAUCCAAUUAUCUGCAUAUUGGAUACAAACUACAUCUGAAAUAACAAAUCAAAGAUUAGCUCAAACAAUAGCUAAAAAUAUACUACUUGAAAGAACACGUCAGACAACGACGACAGCAGCAACAGCAGCAGCAACAACAGAUACAGACGAUGAAUUUUCAACAACACGAGCUCCGACUACUACUACUGCAAAAAAUUAUGCUAGAGAACCAGUUGAUCGGAUUGAAAAAUUUAUAUUAGAAUAUAUUAAAUCUUGUACACAACAUGUUCAAAAGAUGGCUCAAAUUCGAAUUCAGUUAGCUAAAGCUCAAAUGGAAGAAUUCAAGGCCUUAGAAGAUUUUGAACAGAUUGCCACAACAACUCAAUGGAAUCUUCAUCUAAUAUUAAAACCAAAAGUUAAACUUUGGUCAAUUAAAAGUAAAAAUUAUCAAAUACUUUCAAAACGUGUAAAAUUUGAUCUAUUACCUAAAUUUAUUGAUAAAAUUGACAACAUUGACUCUUCAUUGAAGAUUGAUGAAUCAAUUAUAAAACAAGAUGAAGCACAAGAGAUGUACAAUCAAAUGCGUCAAAUUACUAAAGAUUUUCGUACUCAAACAAUGACGUUACAUAUUCAAUCUGCUGCUCGAGAAUACGAAGUAAUAUUACAUCAACUCAAUAGCAUCAUCGAAAAAUUUCCUCAAAAAAAUGAUGAUGAUGGAUCUGAUGCUGAACCUGGUUAUGCAGCAUUUAAACAAUAUCAUGAACUGCCGAGUCGUGGGCAACGACAACAAUCAACAAGAAGAAGAAGAAAAACAAACAACUGCUCCGACUCUAGUACGUUCACUCGGCGAGGACUUCUUGGUCCCGCAAUAAUUAAUCAAGCAAAUAUAAAAUUAACUGAGCAAGAACAUCAAUUAUUAAAAUUAGGUCCACGUUUUAUAUUCGAUGACCCCAAAACAGCAUCUCGACGAAGGACAACUGAAUUGGCGACUUUGAAACGAAAAAUAGAAGCUCGUUUCUUUGAAAAGAAAGUAAGCCCCGGUCGUCCAGUCGAACAAUUCAUUGCUGAAUUAGAUGUCUUGCUCCAGAAUCUACAUAAUAUCCCAACUACUAAGAAACAAAUACAUUUUAAUAAAACUCAAACAAAUAAAUCUUUUGACACUUUAUCUUCAAUUAUUCAAUUAAGUCAAUCAAGUCAAUCCAGUCAAUCUCAAACUAUUAUUCGUCCAAGAAAAAAGAAAAAUUAUGGUCGAAUAGUUAAGAGAUUAAAAUAUAAAAUUCAUCUGGCUAAUACAGUAUUAAGAAAAACUGAUAAGUCAAAAGUAUUUCAUUUAGGUACAAUUGAUCAUUAUCAGAAAAAAUCUGAAGAAUAUAUGGAGAAAACACAAGCAUAUCAAUGUCUUGGUACUAUUGAUCCACUUCCAGAUUUAAUUCAGCGAACCAAUAAAUACCUAUUAGAUUUAAGACUGGCCAAAUGGAUUACUCAAAAACAAUAUGAGCAAUUAAGUAUUAAACCAAAUGAGGUCGAAUUAGCUCAUUUAUAUUAUUUACCAAAAGCUCAUAAGCCUGGUACUCCUUUAAGACCAAUUAUAUCUGGUUUGAAACAUCCAACAAUUAAGAUAUCAAAACUUCUUGAUGAUUUACUUCGACCAUUAUUCGAUCAGAUGGCAUUAAAUUCUACUGUCACUUCUGGUUUUGAUUUAGUUAAACAAUUACAACAGUGGUCAAGGAAUAAUUUCAGACAAGAUACAACAUUUUGUACAAUUGAUGUCACAGACCUUUAUACUAUGGUACCUCAAAUAGAAGGAGUGCUUUCCUUAAAGAAAAUGUUAGACCAGUUAAAAUUAAAACAAGUCGGUGGAUUAAAAGUCGAAACAAUUAUUAGACUAAGUCGACUUGUUAUGACAAAUAAUUACUUUUCUUAUAAUGGUCAAUUUUAUCAUCAAGUAAGAGGAGGAGCAAUGGGUUCUCCUCUUACUCUAACUAUUUCCAAUUGCUACAUGUACUUCUUUGAAAGACAGAUAGUUAAUCAAAUUAGAAAUAGUGGUGGACUUUAUUUCCGAUAUAUUGAUGAUAUAUUUAUUACAAUUAAUUGGCCUGUUCGGCAUUUACUCAAACAAAUCGAAAGAUGGAAUAAAUUUGAUGAAAACAUUAAAUUAUCUGCAAAUAUUGGUUCAAUUGUCAACUUCCUAGAUUUAAGUAUAGAAAAUCAAGAUGGCCAAUUAUAUACGACAGUUUUCCAGAAGCCAUCCUAUGAACCAUAUUAUUUACCCUUUAAUAGUAUUCAUCCAUUACAUAUGAAAAAGAAUAUUCCAUUUGCCAUGUUACUACGUGCCAUUAGAUAUUGUUCAACAUUUGAAUCAUAUCUAAAUGAGCGUGAAAAGUUAAGAAUGGCUUUAUUACUUAAUAAAUAUCCAAAUAAGAUUAUCGAUGAACAGUUCAAUAAUAUGCUAUUAAAAUUCAAUGUCAAUGAACCAUUAACCUUGAAUAAUUAUGUUAGCUAUCGUCAAGCUGUUAUUAAUUCUCCUAUAAAAGAGAAAUUGUCGAUCAAUUACGAGAAAUCGAUAUUUGUCCACUUUACUUAUUGUUCAAGUAUGAAGACAUUUCCAAUUAAAUUUCAUACCUUAUGGGACAAAUAUUUUGAUAAAUCUCCAAUAAAUGAAAUUACCCCAAUACUUGGCACAAGAAAUGUUGAUAAUCUACAAAGACGAUUAAUACACACCAAAUCGAAAAAUUAA